AUGUUACAGAGAGUAAGACAUUGGGGAGAAACAAAUAGUUUAGUUCCAGUUAAACAAUCAGGUUUUCGUCCAGGUUGUUUACUUCCAACGAGAGUCCUAUCCAUAUACCAAGAGGUGAAAAAUAAUAUGACAGCAAAUAUUCCAACAUUAGCAGUAUAUGUUGACUACCAGAAAGCAUAUGAUAAAGUAUGGCAUAAAGGUCUGAUUGUUAAGCUUAACAGGCUAGGUAUACCUUUUGGACUAUUGAAAUUAAUUUUCUCAUGGUUAAAUGAUCGUCGUGCUUAUGUUUUAUUUGGAGAGAGUAAAUCAAAGAUAUUUCAUUCUAGUGUUGGUUUGCCACAAGGUAGUAGUUUAAGUCCAUACUUAUUCAUAGUCUAUCAUUCUGAUCUUGUCACAUAUUUAGGUGCUCAUUCUAGCCACAUAUUUGCUGAUGAUCUUAGUGUACUUAUAUCUCCACCAAUUCGCCGUGAAUUUAGGCCUAUGUUAAAGUUUCUAGAAGAAGAAGGUACUAAAAUAUGUAACAAAAUAGCGAAUUACUCCGAGAAGUGGAAACAACCAAUUAAUUUAUCUAAAACAGUAGUGCAAGUAUUUCACUCGCAAGUUGAAAACCCAGUGGGGAAAGAUGAAAAUCCACCAGAAUAA